AUGAACGCCAGCGGCCCGAGCUACCCGCUGGCCUCGCUCUAUGUGGGCGACCUGCACGCCGACGUGACCGAGGCCAUGCUCUAUGAGAAGUUCUUGCCUGCUGGACCCAUCCUUUCCAUCCGCGUGUGCCGCGACGUGGCCACCCGCCGCUCACUAGGCUACGCCUACAUCAACUUCCAGCAACCGGCUGACGCUGAGCGGGCACUGGACACAAUGAACUUUGAGGUAAUCAAGGGCCAGCCCAUCCGCAUCAUGUGGUCCCAGCGAGACCCAGGACUUCGCAAAUCAGGUGUGGGCAACAUCUUCAUCAAGAACCUAGAGGAUUCCAUUGACAACAAGGCCUUAUAUGAUACCUUCUCCACCUUUGGAAACAUUCUUUCUUGCAAGGUGGUGUGUGAUGAGUGUGGCUCCAGGGGCUUCGGGUUUGUCCAUUUUGAGACUCAUGAGGCUGCGAACAAGGCCAUCAGCACCAUGAAUGGGAUGCUUCUCAAUGACCGCAAAGUCUUCGUUGGUCACUUCAAGUCUCGCCGAGAACGGGAGGCGGAGCAGAGGACUCGGGCCAUGGAGUUCACCAAUGUCUACGUGAAGAACCUUCAAGGGGACGUGGAUGAACAGGGCCUGCAAGACCUCUUCUCCCAGUUUGGAAAGAUGCUGAGCGUGAAGGUGAUGAGGGAUGACGCUGGCCACUCUCGAGGCUUUGGCUUUGUCAACUUUGAGAAGCAUGAGGAAGCCCAGAAGGCUGUGACGGACAUGAAUGGGAAGGAGAUGAGCGGGCGAGUACUGUAUGUUGGCCGGGCCCAGAAGCGGGUGGAGCGGCACAAUGAACUCAAGCGCAGAUUUGAGCAGAUGAAGCAGGACCGGCUGAACCGCUACCAGGGUGUGAAUCUGUAUGUGAAGAACUUGGAUGAUUCCAUCAAUGAUGAGAAACUGAGGAAAGAGUUCUCACCCUAUGGAGUGAUUACCAGUGCAAAGGUGAUGACAGAGGGUAGCCACAGCAAGGGGUUUGGCUUUGUGUGUUUUUCCUCUCCAGAGGAGGCGACAAAGGCCGUGACCGAGAUGAACGGGCGCAUCGUCGGCACCAAGCCGCUGUACGUGGCGCUGGCCCAGCGCAAAGAGGAGCGGAGGGCUAUCUUGUCCAACCAGUACAUGCAGCGCCUCUCUACCAUGCGGGCCCUUGGCAACCCUCUCCCGGGCUCCUUCCAGCAGCCCACCAACUACUUCGUGCCCACCGGGCCCCAGCCUCCAGCCCGGGCUACAUACUAUGGCUCCGGUGCCAUGGCCCCCCUCCGACCUGCUCCCAGAUGGACGACCCAGCAACCUAGACCGUCGUGUGCCUCAAUGGUUCGGCCGCCAGGCACACCUCGGCGCCCCCUGGCUCACCUCAGCACCGUCAGGCAGGCCUCCACCCAGGUACCACACCCGGUGUCGCACACCCAAAGAAUGGCCAACAUUGGUACCCAGACCACAGGACCUAGCGGGACAGAAGGCAGUGCGUCAGGCAGGCCUUACCUGUCGUACAAAUAUUCCUUAGCAGCCCACUGUGCUCACCAGGUAAGGGAGCCUGCCUGGAAAGCUGGUGUUCACCUGGCAGGACAGGAGCCCCUGACCGCAUCCAUACUGGCUGCAGCCUUGCCCCAUGAGCAAAAACAGAUGAUUGGUGAGCGGCUCUACCCUCUUAUCAACUGUGUCCACCCUCACUUGGCUACCAAGAUCACGGGCAUGCUGCUUGAGAUUGACAACUCAGAGCUGCUGCUCAUGCUGGAGUCUCCGGAGUCCCUCCGUGCCAAGGUCGAUGAGGCGGUGACAGUGUUGCAGGCACACCAGGCCACGGAGCAGUCAGGUGCUUACCUGCACUGA